CUCUCACCUCAACCGUGAACAUUUCUGAGGAAACACGUACUGUACCAGAGCCUCUGCAGCAGAGUUACUGAAGAAGACAAAAAACAGAAAAGCAUCUCGAUGGCAUCUGUUGGGAUUCAGAUUCUGGGCAUUGCCCUAGCCAUAAUCGGAUGGAUUGGAACUAUUAUCAUCUGUGCUCUGCCCAUGUGGAAGGUGACGGCUUUCAUCGGCAGCAACAUUGUGACAUCUCAGGUCAUCUGGGAGGGUCUCUGGAUGAACUGUGUGGUGCAGAGCACCGGGCAGAUGCAAUGCAAGGUCUACGACUCCAUGCUGGCUCUCCCUCAGGAUCUCCAGGCAGCUCGAGCCUUGGUUGUGAUUGCUCUUUUGGUGUCCCUUUUUGCUCUCCUGCUGUCCAUCGUUGGAGGAAAGUGCACCAACUGCGUGGAGGAUGAAUCUACCAAAGCCAAGGUCUGCAUUGUCUCAGGCAUCAUCUUCAUCAUUGCUGGAGUCCUCACCAUGAUCCCUGUCUGCUGGUCUGCCAACACCAUCAUCAGGGACUUCUACAACCCUUUGCUCACUGAUGCCCAAAGAAGGGAGCUUGGCGCUUCUUUGUACAUUGGAUGGGGUGCUGCUGGUCUUCUGAUCCUUGGAGGAGGUCUGCUCUGCUGCUCCUGUCCCCCCAGGGAUAACCAGGCCUACUCUACUAAAUAUUCUGCUGCAAGAUCUACAGCUACAAGCAAGGCUUAUGUGUGAAACUUAACAAGAGUUAAAGAAGGGACAUUUUGUAAAUGGAUUUCUGCUUAAAAGUUUCAGGUUUGUCUGAGACAGACAGUGCCAUUAUGUGUUUGUUUUAUGUACAUAGCUUUGUCCUUUCACAUACCUUUACUACGUUCUCUGUUUUACUGCAAACAACAAGGAACUGCUAAUAUAUAAAAUUUGUUCUGGGUAGAAAACAGCUGCCACUAACAGCUUUUGCCAGCUAAUUUGUAAAUGAACAGCAUUCAUUUCUAGAAGCAAAUAUUCACCAAACAAGCUCCUCCAACAACCCAGCAUACAAGUGGGAAUUUGUAAUAUCUGUAUUUUGAAUUUCAUCACUAUAGUUUUUUUUUUUUUUUUUUUUACUAAACUAAUUAAUUGUAUUGUUCGAUUACCCAUGUACAUUUCAUUUAGCUUUUUAAAGAAAUAUUUUGUCUUUUGAGUCGUUUAGAAAUGUUAGCUGAUACAAAGAAAAUUACAAUAAAUACAAUUAUAUUUGUACUUCACUUCUGCAUUUUUGUUUAUUUUUUUUUACUUGUUUUUAGAAAUAAAAAAAAAUGUCUUUACAGUCAACACAGCACAACUAUUUGGCGAGAUUAAAUUCAUUAUCCAAUCAUUUUACCGCACUUUUCAAAGAUGUUUUAUAAGUGGUAAUAGGCUUACUGUUCAUGCUAAUAUUCUGGAAUGGAAUUGUGUGGUGAAAAGUAUCUAGGAAAAUUAUUUGUCAAAAGUCUUUAUCAGUGUUAAUAAACUGUUAUUUUUGUCAAA